AUGUCGCAGGGCGUUCGAAUAUGGUGGAAGGAUCCACUCCGAGAAGUGUGGGCCUGGUAGGGGUCUUGGAACGCGACGAGCACCGUGAUCUCGUCGACCCGCUCGGGAUCCAUAGUUCCUGCUGGGAUCGAGAUCUUCCAUGGCGAGUUCCUCGACCUCAGUGGCUUCGAUCGCUUUCUUCCUCCUCCUCGGACUGGGGCAUUGUAAAACCGUGAAGAGAGACGUAAAAGCAUUGAAUGAAAUCAAGGCUUCGCUUGGAUGGAGGGUAGUCUAUGCAUGGGUGGGAGAUGAUCCAUGUGGCGAUGGUGAUCUUCCCCCAUGGUCAGGGGUUACAUGUUCCCAACAAGGAGAUUACAGGGUUGUGACAGAACUGGAAGUUUAUGCUGUAUCAAUUGUUGGACCUUUUCCUAUAGCAGUCACAAAUCUCCUGGACCUGACAAAACUGGAUCUUCAUAAUAACAAGUUGACAGGGGCCAUUCCUCCUCAAAUUGGGCGGCUGAAGCACCUCAAGACACUAAACUUGAGAUGGAAUAAGCUGCAAGAUAUCAUCCCUCCUGAAAUUGGUGAACUGAAAAAAUUGACGCAUUUGUACCUGAGUUUCAAUAACUUUAAAGGUGAAAUUCCUGUGGAGCUUGCAGAUCUACCAGAACUUCGUUAUCUCUAUCUUCACAUGAACCGUUUUUCUGGAAAAAUUCCUCCAGAGUUGGGGAUUCUCAGGAACCUACGUCACCUUGAUGUUAGUAACAACCACUUGACGGGAACUUUAAGCAAAUUCAUCCGAAAUGGAGAUGGUUUUCCUUCUCUCCGUAACUUGUACCUGAACAAUAACCAAUUGAGUGGAACAUUGCCUGAUCAAAUUUCAAACUUGACCAAUCUAGAGAUAUUGUACCUAUCAUACAACAAGAUGAGUGGACAACUAACUCCCAAGCUUGUUGAAAUUCCUAGAUUGACGUACUUGUAUCUUGACCACAAUGCGUUUACUGGGAGGAUCCCAGAUGGCUUAUAUAAGCACCCCUUCUUGAAAGAGCUGUACAUCGAGGGUAAUCAAUUCAAGCCUGGUGCAAAGCAAAAGGGCACGCAUAAGACGCUUGAACUGACUGAUACAGAGUUCUUCUAGUGAGUUCAGUUUGAUCGUUCAUCAGCUUUACAAGUUAUGUUUUCCUAUACUUUUAUUAUUAUCUAUUGCAAGAACGUAUUUAAUUAGCUAUAUGUUUUCUGUUGAUUAUUCCGAGUAGAAAUGCAUCAGAUACGACUCGUGCAGCCUUUUCAUUUC